AUGCGCCAACAACUCGGGUCGCUCUUACAAAAGUUCUACCGCCGACCCCCGAAACACGGCAGCAUUUGCGUGAAUACACAGACCAACAACAGCUCAAGACUGUCAAAAGGUGGGACCGCACAGAGUAGUCGUGCCAGUAGAUAUGGUGCCCCUCCCCCAAUUGAUCCAAGUGAUCUGCCGAUCCUGACUCAGGGUGAGAUAUACUCCCGGAAACGCCCGCGUGGAUGCGUAUACCAAGUAGGUAGUACCAAGUUGCAGCUGAAUCGCCAGCCUACAACAUGCAACGCAUUCCCCUCGUGUGCUGUGCCUCCAUCGAGCCUUGCGCGAACUGCUUGCAUAGCGCACAUGCCAACUAGUGCACGAGGUAGCGCAGCGGCUAUUGCCAUGGCCCCCGACGGCAAGCACCGCCGUUUGGAUGGCAUCGAACUGUCGAUGCGCUGCUGCUCGCUCGGGCUCCAUACGUGCAUUCGGGUCCGCCCAGCGCGGACUGGCCUAUCGCUCAUGCAACAAACAGACAGCGACCAGGAUUUGCGCCUGGAUUGCGCAGAGCGGACUUGCAACCCCGUGGCGAGGGAUAGAGGAGACAGGCUGCAGGCCCUCCAAACAAGCACUGGUAGGGCUUGCCAGCCCAUGUCCUCCCCCAACUCGAGCCUCCAAAUGCUCCAACUGCGACUCCAGCUCCAACUCCGCGCCUUUGAGUCACAGCCCGUCGACUUGACUUUGGACCCCCUGUCGAUGCGAACAAGACGCUGCUGGGAUGUCGGAACAGCGGAUAGGCCAGAUACCGACGCCCCAAGCCAAAGGCGAGUGAAGGCGCUGGCCCUGUCGCCAGACCCGAUCCGGUCCCAAUUCUCACGACGCCCAAGUCCGAAAGCAAAGUCUAUGUAG